CGUAAACACACACACACACACACACAUUCACACACACACACACACAUACAUAUAUAUAUUAUAAUUCAGGGGUCUUCAUGUAAAAUAGUUUGAAGUCCAGUAAUGAACCCUCGUCACCAGCCAAGGUCCAGACAAUUUAUAUACCUAAAAAUAUGAAUUGAUGGUUUUUGGCAGACCAGGCUAAGAUAUUUAGGAUCAUAUAUAAGACUUUAAAACAAAAGGUUUUAUAAAAUGAUAAACUUCACAAUUAAGCCAUUAUUUUAGCCACAAUUUAAACCAACUAUUUGUUGUUUGAAAAUAUAAUAUAUAAUAAUAUAAAUUAUUAUAUUAAUUUAGGCAAUUAUUAUCAAUCAAUUAUUAUAUUAAUCUUAAUAUUGGUUUUAUAAUACAUUAUCUUCUUGUGGAUCCACCAGUUCACAUUUACGACUUUCUUGUACGAAGUAAGACUUUUUAUAGCUCUCUGCUCUCUUCACUGCAGACCGUCUGACCGUAGCAACACUUAACUGUAGCAGCAGCCCAUGAUAGCACUGUAGGACCUAAACAAGACCUUGAUGUGCUUGGUAUGAAUUAGAUUUUGUUAGAAAAUAGUGCCUGGUAUUCAUUUAUGUCAUUAUGUCAAAAAGCUUUGCGGUCCGGAUUCGGACCAGAGUUGGCCAGUUGGUGACCUCACACUGUCAGAAAGAAGCGCAUACCCUUUUAAAAAAACACACAAACAAACAAACAAACAAAAAAAAACAACAACAAAAAAACAGCUUUGUACCUUAUUUAACAAUAAAUGUUGCAAAAUCAUUAAUAUUAAUGUUAUCAAUAAUACCUAAUUACAAUAUUAGUACCCAUAUAUAGAUAAAUACUGUAGAUAGAUAAAAUAGCUUGAUAUAUAUAGGCCUUUUUUCUUUCUUGAUAUAUUUUAAUUAGAUUUACCCAGAGUGAGAUAUUCUUGUUUUAAAUCUUAUGGUUACUGUUUUUUGCAAGCAUUAAUUUUCAUGACAGCUGAGCGAUCAUAAUGAUGCUCAGACGAGCUUCUUCCCUCCAGCAUUCAUGCUCAUUCCUCUAGUAUUUAUUGUUGUAUUUUUCUUGUGCUCAUCUGAAAUGCGUCACUUCUGCUCUGUGUACUAUUCUCUCUCUUCCUCUUCCCUCUGUAUGAAAUGUAAUGCUUUUAGGAUCGAUGAGCUGUAACUCUUUCUUUCCCCCCACAGGGGUUGACAGAUAUUUAAAUUUUCUCGUUGUGCAUCAUUGGAUUGCAUUGCUGUGUGUGUGUGUGUGUGUGUGUGUGCGCACAGAGACCCUCCUCCCAAUCAGAAUGGCCCUGCGCUCCCCCUCCCCUCCCUUCUCUCUCUCUCCUCUCCCUCCAUAUGUGUGAAGAAGAUGGUUGCAAGCAGCGUGGGCCUGUUUUUACUGUCGCACAUCCUGUCGUGAUCCGACCGGGAGGAAGCGGAGGAGAAGAAUCCCUCCAUUCAGAUCCUGUGGUGGGAGGAACAGGCCUGGAGUCAGCCAGAGCAGAGAGCUGUCUCCAGCAUGCAGCGUCACUCGUCUGAUGUGGCCCGUCUCUAUCAGACUGAGUUCAUCCGGAGCGCGCGGGCGGUGGGCAUGCUCUGGGCCGUCUGCACGCUCUGCUUUGCCAUUAUCGAGGUGGUCAUUCUCAUCCAGCCUUCAUGGGUGGGCACACGAGAGCUGCACUACCGAGGAGGGGGUCCGGCUCCUCCGACCGGGACGCUGGGCCUCUUUGAGGUCUGCAUGGAGAUGGAUUGGCCUGUCCCAGAAUGCCGAGGGUCUCUUCGCACCCUGACUCCACUCCCUGCCUUCCAGUCUCCCGCUGUGCUGGUGUGCAUGUCUCUCACUAUGGUGUGGGCCAGCGUGGGCUGUCUGUGUCUGUUCAGAUUCUGCAACGCAGCAACCGUCUAUAAGAUCUGUGCUUGGCUGCAGCUCACAGCAGGCUUCUGUCUGGCCCUGGCGUGUGUGUUGUUCCCAGACUCCUGGGCGUGUGCUGAGAUGCGGGCGCUUUGCGGGGACCGUGUGAGUAGCUUCUCUCCGGGGAACUGCUCUGUGCACUGGGCGUAUAUACUGGCCAUGUUGGGGGUGCUGGACGCCGGCAUACUGUCCACGCUGGCUUUUGUUUUGGGGAAUCGCCAAGAUGCCCUGCUGCCAGAAGAUGCCAAGGAUGGUGAUGUGACUGGCUUGUUACUGGCAGCAUAAAGCAGCGGUCAGAAGGUGCUGGUGGCUGUUUCAUCACGUCGUUUGUGAACUUCUCUCCUGACAAAUAAUGAUGAGAUAAAACGUGUGAAGAGAUGCUUGUCUUUUCCCCCUCAGCAUGAUGUCACCGUCCUGUGAAUUCUGCUUACAUAACCUGUCUGCAUAGAAACAGUCACCUGGCAACAGAGUCCUUUCUCCCCUGACGGAGGAACAUUACUCUGAUCUUGUAAUGGCGGCUCUUAAUAGAGAAGAGCAAAGGCCAUUUUCUUUAGUGCAUUUCCAAGUGGAGGUAUAGUCGAGGUCUCUGUGAUCACAGAUCACAUGUGGUUUUCAGUUAAGUGAUAUUUAGAGGAUUGACAGUGAUGUUUGAUUCCAUGUUCUAGAUGUUUUUGUGCAUGAAUUUAAGUCUGAAUUUAAACUCAGCAUAAUAUUACUAUAAAUCUGUUUAGUUUUUUUUUGGUCAGUUUUAAUAAUCUGAUCAUCUUUAAACUAAAGGUAGCUCAUAACUCAUAUUUAAGUGAGCACAAAAUAAAAAUCUGCCAAUUUAUUUUCUUAUCCAAAUUUUAAAUUAGUUUGUUUCUUUAUCAGGACAGAGUUGGAGAAAUAUAGCAUUACAUCACUUGCUCACCAAUGGAUGCUCUGCAGUGAAUGGGUGCCGUCAGAAUGAGAGUCCAAACAGAUGAUAAAAACAUUAUAUUUCACAAGUAAUCCACACCACUCCAGUCCAGCAUUUAACAAUUUGUAAAGUGAAAAGCUGUGUGUUUGUAAGAAACAAAUCCAUCAUUAAGACAUUUUUAACUUCAAACCAUUGCAAAAAUAAGAGUCCUCUGUCUGUAAUAAUACUUUCUCCGGUGAUAAAGUAAUCUCAUCUGAAUCAGGAGAGAAAUAUGCACAGAUUACGCACUGUUUACAAGGAAAAACAGUCCAGUCCUAAGUUAUUCUAAACAAAUGUGACCCUGGAGCACAAAAGCAAGCUUAAGUUGUUGGGGUAUAUUUGUAGGAAAAGCCAAAAAAAACAUUGUAUGGGUCAAAAUUAAAGAUUUUUCUUUUAUGCCAAAAAUCAUCAGCAUAUUAAGUAAAGAUCAUGUUCCAUCAAAAUAUUCUCUAAAUUUCCUACCAUAAAUAUAUCAAAACCAAAUUUUUGAUUGGUAAUAUGCACUGCUAAGAACUUCAUUUUGACAACUUUAAAGGUAAUUUUCUCAAUAUUUAGAUUUUUUGCACACUCAGAUUCCAGAUUUUCAAGUAGUUGUAUCUCGGCCAAAUAUUGUCCGAUCCUAAUAAACCAUACAUCAAUGGAAAGCUUGUUUAUUCAGCUUUCAGAUGUAUAAAUCUCAAUUUUGGAUUAUGGACUUGUAUUUUAGCCGUAAGUGAAGUUUAAAAAAAUAUUACUGAUGGAUUUGUUUUUACAAGUAGCUACACAACUUUUCACUUUACAGGACAUUUAAUGCUGGACUGGAGUGUUGUGGAUUAUUGUGAUGUUUUUAUCAGCCGUUUGGACUCUCAUUCAGACUCACCCAUUCACUGCAGAGGAUCCAAUGGUGAACAAGUGAUGUACCCUAAUGCUAAAUUUCUCCAAAUCUGUUCUGAAAAAGAAAUAAACUCAUCUUAAAUUGCCUGAUGGUGAGUAAACUUUCACCAAAAAAACAAAACAAAACAAUUAAUAGCAGUUUCACAUGGAAACAUGUGACGUCACAAUGGUAGUAAAGUCGAUUCCAACUUCUGUUUCAUGCUGACUUUAAACUUGCAUGCCACUGUUGUAAUCGUAAUUGUCUUCAGCCACCGUUAAUAUAUAAAAAGUCAUUGUCAGUUGUGCUUGUUUCAGAUAUAAUGCUGAUAGGUUAAGACUUUAUCAAGCCGUUGCAUUAAAUGUUGAAUGUGAUGUGUUUUCUAAUCCACUUCCAAUGUAAAAGCAAUGCAAAAUUUUAAACAAAAUGUUGUAGUUCACACACUUUAUUAGCACUUACAGUGAUUUCUGUUGUUUGACAAAACUUGCAGUAUUGUAUUUUUGCAGUAAUGUAUUUUUUUACAAGAUUUUAUGACUGCACAAAUAUCUAAAAGCAUUAAUAUAUGAUUAUAUAGCUACGAUUUCCUUCACAAAUUCAUAAUAGUCAGAUUACAAACCCAGAGGGCAGAAAGUUGGGACAGUGAUUAAUAUCAGACAGAGUGUUUCAAAGCCAAGUCAAGGGACAAAAACACUUGAUCAAGCUAAGAUAGGAUGCGUAUGACACUAAGAAAACGACACACUACUUUAGACAGCCAGUCGGAGAAAGAGAGGACAGGAAACUCAUUCAGAGCAUGUUUGACAUUUAGAAGGGCUCUUUUCUCCUGUAGUGCUGAUACGUGCUGUAGAAAGCAGCUGAUCUGAUGUGUUGUUGUGCUGUUUAAACCUGUACUGGAUAUCUUAUGCAAUAAAUAGAUUUCAGACA